UCUCACGUGACGCCGGACGGGACCACGUGGUUCGGGCGCCAUGGCGGCGGCAGCGGCUUCGGCCCAGCGGGGCGGGGGCAGCGGCGGCGGCGGCGGCGGAGGAGAUCCCGGGGCCGGGGCUGGCGGCGGCUCCGGCGAGCCCGCCCCGCCCCCGGGAGGCGGUGGUGCCUCCUCGGACCAGAUCAUGCAGACAGGGGCGAUCUUGCUGCGAGCGUUCGUGCGGGACCGUGUGGAGCGCUGCGGGGACCCGCAGGCCGUGGCGCUGAGCGUGGCCGAGCUGGGCGAGCCCCAGCCCAGCAGCCCCGACACCAAACGCCUCAGCGAGUGCCUGCGGCGCAUCGGCGACGAGCUCGACAGCAACAUGGAGCUGCAGAGGAUGAUCGAGCAGGUGGGCUGUGACGCCCCCAAAAAGCUGUUUUUCCGCGUGGCCAAGGAGAUGUUCGCCGACGGCACCUUCAACUGGGGCCGCGUGGUGGCCCUGUUCUACUUUGCCUGCAAGCUGGUGCUGAAGGCUCUCUGCACCAAGGUGCCCGAGCUGGUGCAGACCAUCCUGCGCUGGACCAUGGAGUAUCUCCAGGAGCACGUGCUGGCCUGGAUCCAGGCCCAGGGCGGAUGGGAAGGGCUUCUGUCCCACUUUGGGACCCCCACCUGGCAGACCAUCACCAUCUUCGCCGCCGGCGUGCUGACGGCCUCGCUGACCAUCUGGAAGAUGUCCUAGACCCCCGGGGGGGCCACGUUUUGUGUGCCCCCGCCCCCGGGACCCCUCCCCGGACUGGCCCUGCCGGCAGGGAUGGUGCUGACCCCCAGUGCCUUCCAGGGCCGGGGGGGUUUUAACCAACAGGACUGGCUCACCUGCAUUUUGGGGUGGCGGCCGAGCUGGGGGGAACCUUCCCCUCCCUCCUCAAGGCUCCCUCCAGCUCUUCCCAUAAGUAUCUGGAGCCCACAGCUGGGAUUUGGGGGGCGGGUUGGGGCUGAUCGGGGUGGGGACACCCCCCUUUGCCCUCCCGUGCCCCCCAGUCCUGGUGCUGGGGCUCCCUGGCCUCGGUUUGACCCCAGGACUUGUGGUGCUUUGAGUGGGGGAGGGGGUCCUGCGGUUCCACCCCCGACGUGGGGGUGGGUGGGGUGUCUCUGUGACCCCCCCCUCCCCAAAAAUGAGGUUGGGGGUGUGGGGGGGAGGGUUACAGCCAUGGCUGUAGGGUGAGUAUUUAUUGGGGGUCCCCACCCCCCAAAAAGGGCCCCCCCAGGUGCAAUACCCCCCUCCCGGGGCGGAGGCUCUCAGGGUGGGGGGGGCCACACCCCCCGUUUACACCCCCUCAACCCCCCCCCGGUUUUGGAGAUUUCCCCCCCCCCCCCCGUGUUCCCGAGGGGGGGGGGAGGGGGGGACGUGACCCCUCCUCCCAACCCCCAUGGUGCUCUCGGGGGUGACGUCACGGGGAGCCCGCCCUCCCAAAAAAAAACGGGUGGGCCCUGCCUUCCCUCCCCCCCCCCCCAGCUUAUCUCCGUAGUGGUUUUUUUCUUCUGUUUUUUUGUACCUUGGUUUUUGUAUCUCGGGAAUUUCGAUGGAAAUAAAAAACAAACGCGA